ACGCCCCACAACCCCAAUCUGCUAAUUCAUCCUCAAUUUGCAGCCACACACAAAAUCGAGACUUCAGUUCCGCAUUUCCCCCGUAGCAAACGCCAAUCCAGAUUGUUUAUCGAAAAUCCCUCUCUCGACGCGUCGUCUCCCCUCUCUUAUCUCUUCUUUAGCUCUCUCUCCCUCCCUUAUCCUCUCACCCUUCGUUUUUUCUCCGCUGAGAGAGUGAGAGAGAGCGCGGCUGUAGCUUCUUUCCACGCGCCGAGAGCCUUCGCCGCUUCUCCUCGCGGCCGGCCAGGAUUCUCCCUGCCCACGGCCGAUUUCGUUGUAAGUUUGUUUCGGAAUUUCUUUUAGGUCUGUAAAGUUUUUCAAAAGAUUAAAGGUUGGGAAAAUUAGAAGUUCUUUUCAAAAAUAGUGAGAGUUAAAAAUAAUUAAAAGCUGUUUUUCAAAAGACCUGAAGUUGAACAACUGAAAGUUCUUUUUAAGAUUGAAGGUAAGAAAAAAAAUCAAAAUUAAAAGAUGGGAAAGAUAGUUGGUCGGAGUUUGUCCCGAAGAAGAAACGGUGCGGGGCUUGGUGUGCUUCCCACAGCAGCCCCGGAAUGUCGGAAUCAACGUAAAGUAGGCCAGCCCUCCCAUAAUUUAUACUUUAUAGAGCUUUGAUUGGGUGCACCCCCUCAUUAAAGAAGGUAAACGAUCUAAUUCCUAAGCAAAAUCGAAAGAUCGCCUAGACGUAACAGUAAGUCCUCCCGGUCUCAAGGGCUUCAGCUAGCCUGCUGCGCUAACUUCUUUGCCUCAAGGCCCCGAACAUCAUGCACAGCAGCUGGUCGAAUUUCUCUCCUCGUUGCCCAAGUCCUCGAACUAGGUUUAUCGUCGACAAUGACGAUGUCUGGCAGGAGACGGCUCAAGGACUCAUCGACGGAUCACAUGAAGUCAUCUACUUGUGCUAUCACCAAGCGAAUCCAAGUUUUACUUUACUUAAGAGUUGUCGAGGGGGAGGAGGACUCCAGAUUCCCAUGUCAUCGGCUGUUCGGCUGCUAUGUUUCUAACUCGAAUGAUAGGAGGUAACCUGUCCUAUGUGUUUUGGCUUCAGCGAGAUCCAUGGAGGCUCCGGUCUGUGAUCUGGUGGACGUCAUGUACAAACUUCCGGCAAAGCUCGAUGGGCUAUUGCGUCAUGGACACAUGCUGCCAAAGGGGGCACAGGAUGAGAUACCUCUCAUCAAGCAAGAUCUAGUGGUGAUGAUGGCCGUUCUCCAUGAUUACAGCAACUCAGGAGCUGACAACUGUGCUAUGAUGAUCAAGUGCUUGAUGAAGGAGGCACGCGAACUGUCAUACGAUAUUGAGGACUGCAUUGAUCAGUACGAGCAUGUUGUUGAUUCUACCAGCAGAUCAUUCUACAGAAUUCCUCGUCGUCUUAUUACUCGUUGUCUUAUUACUCGUCGUAAGAGUAAGACAAGUCGACUUCCGAAGAAGCUGCAGCAGCGCCUAUGGAUGGCCAAUAAGAUCAGAGAAUUCAGCAUGCGCUCGCAGGAGGCACUUCAAAGAUACAGCUUGUUUAACUCUGAUGGCAUCAGCACUGCUUCACCUGGUAGCAGCAGCACUGAUUCUCAGAAAAAUAUCAGCACUGCUUCUACUAGAUAUGAUUUGUCUUUUGGCUCUUGGCAUCCCACGCUAUAUGGUGAGAGUACGGUCCACCCUGUUGGUAUUGAUGCUCCUAUGGGCAAGCUCAAAGCGUGGCUGACUACGGAUGGAGAGCAAAAUCGCAAGGUGAUAUCCAUUGCUGGAUCUGGGGGGAUUGGUAAGACCACACUUGCCAACAAGUUGUACCAUACAAUUGGAGGGCAGUUUGAAUGCCGGGCAUUUCUCCGGACGUCCCAAAAACCAUAUAUCAAGAAGCUUCUUGUCAGCAUGCUCUCACAAGUACGGCCACACCAGCCCCUACACACUUGGAAGGUGCAUAACCUAAUUGCCGAUAUCAGGACACAUCUCCAAGAUAAGAGGUACUUGAUCAUAAUUGAUGACGUAUGGUCUACGUCGACUUGGGAUAUUGUUAUCCGUGCUUUACCAGAGAGUAAUCAUUGCAGCAGAAUAAUAAUAACGACUGAAAUAGAGGAUGUGGCUCUGAAAUGCUGUGCUUAUGAUCCUAAGUAUGUUUUUAUGAUGAAACCACUUAGCAACGAUGAUUCACGCAUACUAUUUUUCAAUACAGCUUUUGGCUGUCAACAUGAAUGUUCUCCAGAUCUCCUUGAAGUUUCAAACAAUAUUAUAAGAAAGUGUGGUGGUUUCCCUCUUGCACUUGUUACUAUUGCCAGUGUUUUAGCAAGCCGAAUGGACAACCUAGGGCAGUGGGAUUAUGUAAAUAAUUCCUUGGGUUAUGGUUUGAGGACAAAUCCUACUUUGGAUGGGAUGAAACAAGUGCUCAACCUUAGUUACGACAAUCUUCCUCAGCAUUUGAAGGCAUGCCUGCUGUAUCUCAGUGUGUAUCAAGAAGACUGGAUCAUUUGGAAGGAUGAUUUGGUAAAGCAGUGGAUAGCUGAAGGUUUUAUUUGUGCAACAGAAGAUAAAUACAAGGAAGAGAUCGCAAGGAGAUAUUUUGAUGAGCUUAUCAGUAGUAGAAUGAUCCAACCUGGGCAUAUAAAUUAUAAUGAUGAGGUUUUGUCCUGCACAGUGCACCACAUGGUGCUUAAUCUCAUCACCCACAAUUCCAUAGAAGAUAAUUUCAUCAUUGCAAUAGAUCAUUCUCAGACAACUGCAAGACUCGCAGACAAGGUUCGUCGACUGUCUCUUCACUUUGGUGAUGCGGAAGAUGCAACACCACCAACAAGUAUGAGGCUAUCACAAAUUCGAACACUUGCCUUUUUUGGGGUCUUCAAGUCUAUGCCUUCCAUCAUGGAGUUUCAGCUUCUUCGAGUUCUAGUUCUACAAUUAUGGGGUGAUGAGGAGAACAUGAGUUUGGAUCUUACUAGAAUCUCGGAUCUUUUUCGGCUGAGAUACUUUCAGGUCACAUCUAAUGUCACCUUAGAGUUAAGAACCCAAAUGCAAGGUCUGCAGUAUUUGGAGACACUCAAAAUGGAUGCAAGAUUGAGUGUAGUUCCAUCAGACUUUUGUUUGCCGGGCUUGCUGCACCUCAACAUUCCUGCCGGGACAAAACUGCCUGAAGGGAUUUUCCGCAUGACAUCGCUGCGCACUCUAGGAUAUGUUGAUCUCAACAUUAACUCAAUAGAGAAUGUGCACAGCCUUGGCGAGUUGACCAAUCUCCAGGAUCUUCAUCUCACAUAUAUGGCUGUCCCAUCUGGUUAUCUGGUGGGCAACAUGGAAUUUCUGGGGUCGAUUCUCGGGAAACUGAGCAACCUGAAGUCCCUAACUCUGGUAUCUGCAGGCUCCUCUCAUUUGUGUACUACAAAUGCACCUUAUAAUCCUGCGGGCAUGAUCUUUUCUGGUGAUGGAUUGAGCAGCAUGCCCUGUCCCCCUGCACUUCUUCAUAGGCUUGAAUUGCCACACAUUUGCAUCUUCUCCAGCCUCCCCAGAUGGAUCAGAGGACUUGCCAACCUGCGCAUCUUAAAGAUUGCGGUUAGGGAACUAUCAAAGAAUGAUGUUGAUGUUCUCAAAAAAUUGCCUGUACUCACAGUUCUCUCACUCUAUGUUGCGACAGUCCCUUCAGAAAGGAUUGCCUUUGACAGAACAGGGUUCCUUCUUCUCAGGUACUUCGAGUUCAGGUGUACUAUGCCUUGGCUGAAAUUUGAGGCGAAUGCAAUGCCUAACCUCUGGAAGCUUAAGCUAGGUUUCAGUGCUCAUGGGAAUGUGUGCUAUGGUGCUAUGCCAGUUGGCAUCGAGUACUUAUCAGUACUUAAAGAGGUCUCUGCCAAAAUCUGGUGUGUUGGACCUGAGGAGUCCAACAUAAUCACUGCAGAAUCAGUGUUGAGAGACACACUUAGCAUGCAUCCGGGACAUCUUCGAGUCCAAGUACAACAUGUAGAUAAGAUAUUUGAUGAUGAAGAUGAUAAGAGCAGUGUGACAAAAGAGGAUCACAGGGCACUCAAACAAUGUGACAUGCUGGUGGAUGAUAGAAAUGAACAAUUUGAUGUUCUUCAGAAGAACAUGGGGGAAGAUACGAACAAGCAAGCUGACGGCUGGGGACUUUGGAGCGUUGGCAAGGGCACGAGUUCAACGAGCUUCGUUGAGAAUUUGGCAGAAGGUGAAGCACCCUGGUCCAUUGCAUUCCCUUUGGAGUCUCCGUCCACUCGGUUCGACCUGAGGCCAGGGGAGUCUAUGGCAACCAUCCAGCGACCCCUCAUCCUGCCACACUCGGAGAGGCGGCGGACGGAUGAUGGCUACAACUGGCGCAAGUAUGGGCAGACACAGGUGAAGGGGAGUGAGAACCCGAGAAGCUACUACAAAUGUGCCUUCCCCAGCUGUCCCGCCAAGAAGAAGGUGGAGAGGUCGCUCGACAAUCAGAUAAUUGAGAUCCUCUACAAGGGUAGACACAAUCACCCCAAGCCCCACAACACGGACAGUGAAAAUUUUGGGGACGCCAACAGUGGUAUCUCAGGCACAACCUUUGAGGAACCUGGGAGUUUGGACGAUCACCCUACUACAUGGACUGGAAUCCGCAGCGAGGUGUUGGAUGACCGCGAGGCCGCGAGACAGAUGCUAAUGUGUGCGCACACACAUUUUCAGUUCAACCAGAGGCCGGAGGAGUCUAUGGCAGCCAUCCAGUCACCGCUAGCACUCAUCCCGCAACACUCAGAGAGGCGGUCGGCAGAUGAUGGCUACAACUGGCGCAAGUAUGGGCAGACGCAGGUGAAGGGGAGUGAGAACCUGAGAAGCUACUACAAAUGCACAUUCCCCAACUGCUCCACGAAGAAGAAGGUGGAGAGGUCGCUUGCCAAUCACAUAAUUGAGAUCCUCUACAAGGGUAGACACAAUCACCCCAAGCCCCACAGCACGGGCAGAUACUCUGGCAAGAUGCUGCACAGCAGCCAUGAAGAUUUUGGGGACGCCAACAGUGGUAUCACAGGCACAACCUUUGAGGAACCUGGGAGUUCGGACGAUGAGUCUCCAUGGACUGGAAUCCUCAGCGAGGUGUUGCCUGUUGGAUGACCGCGAGGCCGCGAGCCAGAUGCUAAUUAACAGGACAUCAAGUGAAAGAAUAUGACAUGGGAGAUAGCACGCCGACCAUUGUGCGAUCAUCUUCCAUGCAUGUGAUCAUCUCCAUCCUCAGAUGUGGAUGGUCUUAGGGCUUGUAGCAAUUCUUCUUCUUUAAUCGAUGAUACGCCUUGCUUAGGCGUAUUCUAGAAAAAAGAAAUCCUCAGAUGUGUUAAGAGCCUCUUGAAGUUGUCAAACCAAAGAUCAGCCUCGCGAAGUUAUGCGACGUACACGAUCAGGCAGAGGCAGCCAGCCAGACCCAGAUACCGACCCAGACCCAGAGACCGUCUGUAUAUAUGUAGCUUUGCAUGCAUGAAGGAACAACAUCUACUAUGUCAUGUUAGGAUAGAGAAGGCUUCCAUUUAAUCUCUGACUAUUUCUGUUUUCAGUAUAGAUGUCCAUGAAAGAACUCCUUCCUAGUUUCUUAGGUGAAACAUGGUCUCAGCACCUGGAAUGGCUCCUUUACCAUCUGAUAUGAUUUUAUCGUGCUUAAUUGCGUGAACAUCA